UAAGCAUGAGAGAAGACGGAUAAUGUGAAAUUCCUCGGAUUUUCCCCAUCUUUCCUGUAGGAUGUAGCUCGUGUUGAGUAGAUUCUGUAACAUUGUUGACAGUUACAAAAGCUGGCUCCAAAAUGCCUGGAAUAGUAGUUUUCAAGAGACGCUGGACUGUGGGAUCGGAUGACUUUGUAGUGCCCGCCGUUUUCCUGCUAGUUCUGCAUAUUAUCUGGAUUAUAGUCCUUGGUGUGAUUCUGGCCGUGGUAACGUUCGAUGUGACGAAACAAUGUAUGGUGGACCUGCAGGAACACAUUCUUGGUUACCUUGUGAUAUUAUCUGGAUGUAUAGUCAUGGAAUGGUGCAUUGCAUGGAUCAGCAUGCGGGGCACCAUACUCAACACGGAGCCCCGGAGGAGUAUGCAGUAUUUAUUAUACGUUAGAUUAGCCAUCCUAAUAGUGGAGUUCUCGUGGCUUGUAGUGGGUGUGAUAUGGAUAUCUGAACAUUAUGAUUCAUGUGGAACAUCUCAUGCCAAAAGCGCAGUAUUAGGUAUAAUUGUCUGUAAUUGGAUAGUCAUGUCCAGUGUCCUGAUCUCUCUGUGGUGCACAUUUGAUACGGCAGGCCGUAGCUGGGUGAAAAUGAAACGUUACCAGGAGAGUGUGAAGGAGAGAGAAAAAAGGGCUGGACGGCGGUCUGGGAGUCGGCGGAGGAACUGGCGACACAGAAAAGCAGUCCGGCAAUAUGAAGCAAGUUGGGACCGAAGAUUUAGACUUUUAUUUUGUUGUGUCCAGAAUGACGCAAAUGGGCAAAAUUCUUUCACAGAGGUAGCGAAACUAUUUACCGAGUUCUUCCGUGAGCUUGAUGUGGUGCCUUCUGACGUAAUAGCUGGCUUGAUGCUUCUGAGGAACUACCAGAAGAGCUGUCGCAAGCUUAUUGUCAAUCAGGGUUCCAACGAUGUGUAUCAGUUUCUAUCGGGAGUUGCUGUCACACCGAAGACUCGCUUUCUUCGUCUCAUGGAUCCUGAAGUAAUGCUGGAUUAUAAAAAUGUCGUCUAUUAUAUGCACUAUGCACUGGCAGCCUACGGUUGGCCCAUGUACAUGAUGGUCCACACAGCCAGAGGGUGCUGUAGCUUGACCAAACAUUUAAGGUGCUCCUGCUGCUUUGCAUGCACAGAUGAAUCUAAAAUACCUGCUGUUGUUGGGGAUAACUGCUGCCUAUGCCACUACGCAGCCUUAAAGGAGAUGAGCAACCUUACAGAUGCUGAAAUCAUUUAUGUUACAUAUCAUGUCGAUAUUGGUGAAACCCCUUUUUAUGUUGCCUUGGACCAUGAUAUGAAAAAAGUUGUAAUUUCCAUCCGGGGGACACUCUCUUUACAAGAUGUAUUGACUGAUCUUAAGGCUGAGGCUGAGCCCCUUCCUGUUCAGCCUGCAAGGGAAGACUGGCUUGGACACAAAGGUAUGGUAGAAAAUGCUAUUUAUAUCAAGAAAGUGCUGAAGGAAGAAAGGAUAUUGGCAAAAGCAUUUGGAAAAGAUUUAGAACGGGGCACCAAAGAUUACGAUCUCACACUAGUUGGCCAUUCGCUUGGUGCGGGCACUGCAGCGAUAUUGGCCAUUCUCCUACGCCAAGAGUACCCGACCCUUCAUUGCUACGCCUACUCGCCACCAGGGGGCCUGCUGAGUAUGACCGCCAUGGAGGAAACCAAGUCUUUCAUUACGUCUGUGGUCGUUGGAAAGGAUGUUGUUGCACGAAUUGGUCUCGCACAAAUGGAAGGAUUACGCUCUGAUCUCAUCAAUAUGAUUAAACGAAGUGAAGAUCCAAAGUGGAAAGUCAUCUUUAGGAGUUUUAAUUGCUGCUGUGAUGAAGAGAAAAGUUUCGUCCCGGUGGAUUCGUUCGACCUCCAGAUGGAGAGGGAAAGAGAUCAGCCAAUGCACCCCACAGACUCCGACCUGGCAUUGACUACCCAUACGCCUCUUUUCCCACCAGGAAAGAUCAUCCAUAUAGUGCGAAAUCAUCCAAAGUCUAGCAGUUUACUUUGUAGACAACGUGCUCCAGUCUACCAGGCCAUCAUUGCUGACAACACAGACUUUGAUGAAGUCCUCAUCUCACCCACCAUGAUCAACGACCACAUGCCAGAUAACGUCCUCAGUGCUUUGCGAAAGGUACUUGUAAAUGUUGGGCCAGCCAAGCCGACUAGAAAGUUUUCUGAGGCGGAGCGCAAGGCUUUGUUGUCCACUUCCAACACGCCAACACCAGUAAUGGCCCACAAUACGCCACCCCAUAGAAUCUACAUGGAAACUAGCUUUACCAACACCAAUCCCGGUGAAUCGUAUGUACGAGCAUCAUCUGAUACAAGCUCCGAACACGAUAUUCUAACGGAUGUACUCAUGUGCUCCGAACGUGAUACGAACAGUCUUGUGAUGCUCCGUAAGGGUUUAAACCUUGAUCUUCCUGGAGACAAAACUGACCCACUUGGGGUAGCUCCCUUGGCAACGCCAGAGACGCUGUCAGAUACAUCAAGCUGUGAUUCUGCCAGUUUGAAACGUAUUUCUAACGGAUCUCAGAAACGCAUGUUCUCAAAAAUGGAACCGAUUCAACAGUCGCCAAUGAAAAAUGGUAAAAAUGACCAUGGGUAUUGUUAUUACGUGACUCCUAAUGAUAAGCCAAAGUGUUCAUCUAGUGACGUUUGUGUGGAUUUGACUCCUGGGAUGAGUAAGAAUAAUAAUAACAACAAACCUAAUAUGAUCACUACACAUGCUUUUAUAGAAUCUAGUGGGUCAUCUGAGAGUAAGGAUGAAAGUGUCCGUGAUUUGAAGGAGGUGACAAAAGGUGUACGAUUUAGUUUAGGGGGCCUACAUGACUGGCCAACAGACAACGAACGCACAGCAGAAGAAGCUUGGACAAGGGACGAUGAUUUUAAACAAAAACUUUUGAAAGGUGGAACAAACAAUCAGAAACAUCUCCCAGUGAUCACAAAAACAAAUCACACGAACAAUAACGUGAAACAGAGCAGUGAUACGAAACAUGUCAUCAGUAGCUCCCCCUAUCAGAUACAUUUACCAGAUAAGACAAAUAAACAGUUAGAGUACCAUUGCCAGCAGGGACACUACUCACAUGGGAGUAGGGGGUACCCCCACGGUGGGUAUCAGGCGCCCUAUGAUUACACAUAUCAUCCUGAUAUUCCUGUUGUGCAAGUUCUCUGUCAUGCCGAGUCGGAUUCGGACAUGACAAAGCUUGCUCAUGAACAAGAAAUGCAUCGGACUAUUGAGGAACCUGAAAUUAUGAAAUUACAAGAUGAUAGCCAAGUUCACCAGAGUAUUCCUAUAAAUCGUCAACGCUUUCGACAUCGUAGUUCAAAUGAGACAUCACAUUCGUCUCCCUCGUCAAAUGAGAAUGAGGUCUUGGAGUAUGAUACGGAACAUCGACCAUCGAUUCCGUAUUCUGACGAUGUUUUUGUUGUUGAAGUCCCAGAGAACGAGAGCCUCGAGCCCUUAGAAAGUGAUGUGUGAUUUACUGAAUUUUCAAAUACAUUUUGACAUCAUUCUGGGCAAUCUCAGUGCGGCAGGCAAAGGCAAACAUUCUUCUGCCACUUAUGUAGGCCAGACCAUGGACCUCAACUCAGUUUUGUUAUGUCAGUGCAUCUAGUCAAGUUUCGUUAAACACCAGCGGGUAGAGCUGUCAUUUGCCCAAAACAUUGGCUGCAGCCUAUUGUUCUGGCCUACAUUUUAGCUCAAGCCUUGUACAGUUUGGUGAGACAACCACUUCUUCAAUUUGGAAUCAGUUCCUUAUACACAAGUUCAGGAUUAUUCAGAGACGGUCCCUCAUGCUAAUGGUACCUCCAUGACCUUAUCAUGUGCUGUAUUCAGAUGGACAUAAUAUGGGUAGUAUCAGAAACAAUUGUUUCUGGUAGUGUGUUAUGUGAAUAUAAGAUGUUUAUGUGAUAUUAUAUACUUAUCCAAAUUUGUUGUCAUAGUUACAAAACUUUCAUGAUACCGGUACCAGUCUGCCUGUCAAGUACUCAGAUUGACCAAAAAUAACUUAUUUUAAUGAAAUAUAACUGAUCUGUUUAUUAAUUUUACAGACACAACUAACUUGUUGCAUCUCUUUUCUGGCCCAUAGUUUUUAGAUUUUACAACUUAUUUCUCAGGUAUCUAGAUUGUUUUGAUUAGAUAUUGGUCUAAUUCUUUGUUAUCUAUUCUUUUGUAUAUAAUUUCUUCAGUUGUCUUGUCUUGGGUAUCUCAGUAAGUCUUGCAAAAUUUUGGAAAUCAUAGCGGGACCGGUACAAUUGGCUAUCAUUCAUUCUGUGUCAAGACGCAUUCAUUUAGAACUUAUUGUAAAGGUUCUCAGAGCCAGUAGACAUACACCUUGGUUAUUUGUAGAAGUUGUCUUGUGUGACUUUCUUGUCUCUUGUACUUAUCUAAUCUAUACCUUCGGCAAUGAGCAUUUUUUGUUGCAGAUAACCUGCACUGUUGAAGAGAGUCGCCCUCUAUCUCUCAUACUGAGACCGACAGGGAAUCGAAGGUGACCGCCACUGAUGUUUCCUUUUUUCCACUCUCUCAAAACACUCUCUAAACAUUAAUUGUUGUUUAGAUGGCUAACUUUUUAUAAAGGCAUACAAACAGAAAUAACUUUUGAAAGUGUAAGCUUACAUGUAAUAGCUUAAAGGGCAUAACCAAAAUGUUUAAUGAACUGCAUGUAUAAAAAAUGUAUGUCAUAUUGUCGUGAUACAAUAAUUUGGUAAUUUAUUUUUUAAUGUAAAUAUCGAAUACUCAGAAAUGGGUAUUCUUGUUGUUUUAAAGAGAGGUAUAUAUUAGUAUAAAUAGUAAUUUAUUAAUUUAUUAAAAACAUGAUAAGAAUAAUUUGAGGGGUUAAAUCUGAUGCAGAACUGCCUGCAUGAAGCCACACCCUAAAAUAUUGCUGAGUGUCUAUCACCACUAUACCUCCUAUGGUAACAGUGCUAUCUGAACUUUAGUGAAUGGGAUCAAAUGUCGCAUAAGCUAAAGAUAUUCAAGGACGAUAUUGAUAACAAAUUUAUCUUCGGAGAGCUAAAAGUCACAGCACAGAACAGGGAACCAUUUCGGUUGUUUUUGAAACCCAGUACUUUUCACGGCAAUUAGGCCCUUUGGUCGGGUUAGAGUGGGGAAUUUGGUCAUUGGGACUGCCCAAUCCCGUGGUGGUGGUCUGGGUUCUGGGAUGGUCGUGUUACCGGGGGCCUUGUAAUGGUAAUUAGAGAGGAAACCAUUCGGGACCGGCGAUUCUUGGCCGUCAUAGGAGGGUGGUCACAUUCCCGGGGUGGUCGCCGACCAAGGUUCCACUGUAGUAGAUACGCCCCAGAUACAUGUAAGCAUUUUUGGUUGAGUGCAAAAGGUUGUGGCUGAUGCAUCAGCACUGUCAUCAACCCCUCGAUCAUUUCCAAGAUCUUGUAAAUUUGUACAAAGCAUGCAAUUAAAACAAGAGUAUUCUUUAUAAAUAAAUAUAUUUUACAAUUGUUCAUGAAUGAAUGUGCUAUAUAGAGUGUUGAAAAUGGCACGUCUAGAUUGUAUAUAUAUAGUAGUAAUUUAUUAAUCUAUGGUGCAGAAAACUAUUCUAAAUCUGUCAAGGUGUUUAUAUAGAUGCUUCAUGUGACAUUAUCAUCAGUUUCAUUGCCCCAGGAAAUUUAGUUAUUGCUGCAGUUUGUUAAAGCGAACUGGAACCGCCGAGCGAUUUAUUCAACUUUUCGACUUUCACCGCCCGAGAAAGUCAAACUUCCAACUUCCUAUUCGAGUUCAGAUUUGUAGCUCCGCCCCCAGUGCCCGAGCAUGCGCAGUUCAAUUUGUUAUUAUUGAGAAUCAUGUGAGAAUCACGUGAGUCAUGCAAUCUUUCAUUCAUGAAUUUUCGUAGUAAAUUCCAUAGUAGUGACGUCACUGAAUGAUUGACAGCUAGGCGCCAUGUUUCAUUCAUGCCUCGUUCUGAUCACCCGAUACGCGGGAAAUGAAAACGAGGUCAUACGAACUGGCUUGGCGGUUCCAGUUCGCUUUAAGCACAGAAAUUUUCUGAUUAACUGAAGUAUAGGCAACUGAAAGAGCACCCCAGUCUCAGUGCCAACAAGAUUUAGCUGUCCCAUACUGUGACCCCUCGGAAGUCUGUUACAUGUAGAUAUGCUUAUGGCUCAAUUUAGAUGGAUACCAUGAACUCCCAAAGGAAGAACGCGACGUUAUAUAUUUUUGGCAUGGUGCAUGUCAUGAGUUAUGCUCCGAAUGUGACCUUUAUUGACCUGUAGCAAAAUCGACUGGUUUUAGUCAGUGAAAGAGCAAAUUUAAAUGAGUUCUACAAGACAUGACAUCGCUGAUGUAUUUUUCACCUUGCAUCGAGGUGGUUGUACAGGACCGUGGAGAAUUUAGUUAUGAAUUGCAUUUAUUUGCGACAAAUGUUGUAAUUUAAUCUGUUCCCAAUAAAUUUAUAAA